CGCGAAUUCGAAAGGCGGCCAGUCGCUGUUCGCGCGUCGGCGACGACGCGUCGUGAGUUUGCUCGGGUAUGGAAUUUAAGAGACGGACGAUCGCUUAGAGAAGAAUAAAGUCAAAGGCAAGAAGAAAUCUAUCGGCGAAGUGGCGCGCGAUGUUCAAGAACGUUGCACGUUGUCACCGACAAAAUUGGAUCGCAUCCCAGCGAGGAAACGAAGCGUCGAGAUGAAUGCCGUGGUAGAAGAUUCCACAUGAGCCGGCGGUUCGAAAUAAGCUUCGGAGAUAUAUAUCCAAUACCGGACGAGCGUCGUCAUCGCGAGGCAUGAGUUGAGCUAUAGGCGAGGCGCAGAUUAUGACCGAAUCACGUAACGUUGCGUGGCGUGUGUCACGUGCCGCGACGAGGUCGAGAUAGCUCUCCAUGGUGCAAGCGGAUUAAUCGCGAAAGUCAUCGCGAUUACAGUCAUUGUUUAAUUGUAUGUUAAGUUAAAAAAACCAAAAAAGUGACCGCUACGAAAAUUGAAAGCGAAUAACAAGCAGAUAUUCGACGGUGCGCGGAUUUCGAGAUACAGACAUGUCGAGGCGACUUCGCGGCCGGCUCGAUGCGAAAUUGGCUGGCGCCGUCUCGGCAUAAAGCGACCGCUGAUAAGGAAGAAGUGGCGUGGAACGGAGAAGAGUUCCUUUGAGCGUGUAUGGCAGAAGGAGAGAGUGGAGGGGGAGAAGGAGCGAGUGAGAAGCGCAAAAUGAGAGCAACAAAAUAUGUGUUAAGCAGCGCGAUCUUAGGACUCUUUUGGAGCAGCUUAUUCAAGGGCGUCCUGACCAAUUCCACCAGCAGGUGCGACUAUUCGCCCUGCUCCUGCGACCACUACGGCAGAUUAACCUGCGACUGCAAGGAGGAAGGAGAGGAAUUGAUCCUGACUACGGAGGGUGACAGACGGCUGAGUCCGCACACCAGCCGAAUAGUGGUGAACAACUGCUCGUCCGUGAUUCUCACAAACUCAAGUCUGGCUUCGAUGGCCGGACUGCGAUCGGUGGAUCUGGUAAACGUGGCAAAUUUGACUCUGGUUAGAGAGAGCUUCGAGCUGUCGUCACACAGCACGGACACGCGGAUCUCCGUGCGGAACAGCAGCAUCGAUGUGAUGCCGAGCUUCGUGUUCCGCGGCGAUGUCGAGGCGAUCACGUUCGAGAACGUGCGGAUCGGCCAGCUCAGUGCCUUUUCGUUCGCCAAUCUGAUUCAUACGGACACCUUGAGACUGGAAAAUUGUCGCGUUGAUACGAUCGAGGCGCAAGCCUUCAAAAAGUUCGAAGUCAACUAUCUGCAUGUGAUCGGCGGCAGUUUCGGCGAUCAAAUGCCUAGUCGCGUUAUGAACGACAUCGAAGUCUACAAGUUCAUGUUAGACGGCGUAAAAAUAGGCGUUGUGAGAAGCAACGCAUUUAUUCUGAGAAGCCCGCGUACAGUGGCGAUACAGAAUUGUGUAAUCGAUAGUUUGGAAAGCGAAGCGUUCGACGUAACGUCACGCGGUGCCGUAAUCGUCAAGAACAACACUUUUGGCAACAUUGGGGUGGGCGCUUUCUUAGGUAUUCGCGCGGAUCGCGAGGCUCGAUCGUCGUCGUCGUCGUCGUCGUCGUUGCAGAUGCACGACUUUAUUUUCAAGAACAAUACCGUAGAAAACUUCGAGGAAGGCUCGCUCAUGUUCGACCGCACAAGCUUCCGACCAGAGCUCGACAAUCUUUUGAUCGCGCAGUCUUGCGACUGUCAAAUGUUACCCGUGUGGAAGAACAACGUACUCAACUACACAAACGUGUAUUCGCGAUUCUACACAAGGCAGAACAGUCUUAUACCGCCCCACUCCCAGCCUCAGGAGCCCAUCAACGAGACCCCGGAGACCUUUUUGUGUCUGGAUGGCGGAUCGGACGGUGUGCCGACAAGUUUCGUCGAUUACGAGGCGCGUCACUGUUCGCUCGGUGGUUCAAUGCUCGUUUUCAUUCUGAUCAUCGUAGGCGCCGUGCUCGUUCUAAUAGUGAGUGUGUGUCUGAUCGUCUGGUGCUGCCGGAGGCGCAGACGGAACAACCGGAAGAAGUGGAUCAGCGUGCCCACCAACGCGCCCGACGUGGUCUCGAAGAAAAACGGCGUGAUCGGCAGGGAAGCGGCAACGUCCGGCACGCCAGUCGACAGUAGGAUAACCAUGGUAGUGCCGGAUGGCAGACUGUACCGAGAGACGGAGUUCCACGUGAUCGUCGAGAAGGCUGAGCCGCUCACGACCGAGUUGUAACGAGACGCCCCGGGCGGCUCGACGAGAAGGCCUACGAUCAUCGCUCCUGUUGAGGAGGAACUCGAGUGGGCGGAAACGUCAAGUCGCUUUCGAGUGUACAAGCUAUGAGAGAGAAAGAGAGAGAGAGAGAGAGAGAGAGAGAGACGCUGCGCGAGAUCAGCGCCAAUGAAAAACAGUGAAAAUUUUCACAUGGUGAGAUAACUCUUUUCAAUAAAGAAGAAAAAAAACUCUUCUUGAAAUGUUGUAAUCGCGCGUGCAUAUAAACUGUGUAAAUCGUUGCUGCUUGGCGAAACGUGAAUAAGAGAAAAUGCGAAAGCGCGUACGCGCAGUCCUGUGACACACUUUGUCCCGCUCUUUGUUUAAUUUAAUAUUUUCUAGUACAACGCAGUUCGUAAGCUUCCAUUCACAUAUCACGAGCGGUCGCUGAUUAUCCGAUCACCGCGGUCUCUUCGUUCCUUUUAAAUCGUCAUUUUCUCUCGAAGGUGAUCACGUUGUUCCGCGGCGAUUAAAAAGUUUUACGAGCAAAAUUUCGCGUAUUUGAAUAGUCGGUUGUUGCUAGUUAAGUUUAUGAUUAGUUAAAUAAUUCGCGCGCGUGUAUGUGUGUGUGUGUGUGUGUGUAUGGAAAAAACAAGAUAAAAACAGUAAAAAGGCCAAUGUAUGUUGUACAAGAUAAAGUAAUGAGAUUUAAGAUGCAAAUUAAAAAGCAGAAGAGAGUGAGAGAAGUAAUUCAUGUAGAAGAAAAUCCUAAACUCGCUGUCUUGCGUAAGAUACGCGAUUGGGCCGACCUUUCGCACUCCCGUUGCUUUAAGUUUAUCGAUCGAUAGAUCGCCCGUUUGUCGAUAUGACACUACAUUACAUAUUAGUGAGCGUUUCGAGCGAAAAUCACAGUACGAAAGGACCAAAAACAUGGGAUGACGCUCGAACAGCUGUGCCAUUCCUAGAGUGACGCACACGCACACACUUUCCGUGUGUCCGUCCUCUCCGUAAACAUUCUGAUCUCUCGAACAAAGAAAAAAAUGAUGAACAUAAAAUGAAGAUGUGAAACUCCUCGCUAAGCUUUCAUAUCAAAAUCUAUGAUUUUUAUAGAGAAGAAGAUUGACAGUAAUGUAACACGUGUUAACAAUCGGAAAUAAAUCAAUUUACUAAGAUAAAAAUAUUUCGUAUCC